AUGCACCUGAUCAUGCCCGCGUCACCUCCCCAAAUACGAACAAUGAGAGUCAUGCAUCACAGCCGCCUACAUGGAGAGCCCAAAAGGGACUCCUCCAACCUGUCUUUAGUGAGGCUAAUCGACCAGUGGAGUUGCAUCGAAGCAAAGUCCUAUCCGAUAAAAGAUGGAAACACAUUAAGACGAAUCCGGUACGAAAUUAAGAGAUUCAUUUAUGCAAAUAUUUUGCACAAGACGAAAGUGAACUUCCUGUUGUUCCGCACCUUUUACAGUUACCGGUACAAGUAUGAGGUGCUUUACGUGGGGAAUCAGUACGCCUUCGAUAUGUAUGCAGGUGGCGGUAGAAACUUGUACGAUGUGCUCAGGCGCCACUACGCGGAGGGUGAAACGUCUGUGGGUAGGGUGGGUGUGACAUACGAUAUGAGCGAUGCAUGUAACACUGACGAGCAGGAAAUGGGUGACAGUUCAGCCUAUGCUUGCUCCAACGAUAUUUCGAUAGGGGGUGACGCAUCCGACCACGGGGAGGACUCCUUCCUCCUGGGGGGCGCACUUGGGAAGGACACACUCUCCCCGCAGGUAUACACGUCGAUGGUUGCCUGCUGUCUGGUCCUGCUGGAAAGGAAGUGCUACCUAGACUUUAUCUGCCUGUACCUUUACAUGAAGGCCUACUUUUCGUUGGACAGCGUGCCUAUGAAAAACGGGACAGUCUUAAAGCUCACCUGCCACGAGAGCUUCCUCAACCUGUUGUUGUUACUGUCCGAUUUAACAACGUCGAGCAGUACCAACGGGGGAGACAAACAAUAUUCAACAGACAAGUCAUAUGAGCAUACACGUGUGGAGAGAAAGGACCUGUACAGUUUAAAUACCUUUGAUGGGGACCUACGAAUUAGCAAUUUGUCUAAAUUUUCCUACAACGUUCUUUUCCUCCUACGGGUGAAAAUAAACUUCCAUGAGUUGAACUACGACUUGAGUACAGACGUGUAUGACUCUCUGUGUAACUUCGUUACGUCUUUUAGGGAUGCAUUCACGAGGAGGUUCGUGGCCAAGCUGAACGAGCUGGAUGGGCUGACGUUGAAGUGUGGGCAUCACAUUUGGGGGAGCGCCCAAGGGGGUGGUGGUAGCCACAACGGUAGGGAUAACAAUGUAGGGACUGUUUUCCACAUGGGGAGUCUCAUACCCAUUGAGCGAGGUUCUAAUGGGGAAUUCCCCACGUGGAACACGCCCUGCCUAGCAAGCGGAAACUACUCUACGCUGCUUCUUCCAAACGUGAGUGACAUAUCGAUGCAUCAGAACGGAGGCAUCUUCACGGACUUCACCGGUGGUUAUGGAACAUCGGGGGGGGAAUACACGCUAGACAGUUUGUCUGUGCCACAGAUGAGCACUAGGGAGGCCUCUUAUUACAACUUUAGCCUUUUUAACGAUGGAGAGAUGACCAACACCGGGGAGAACAUUUGGGGGGAGGUACAUUGCGGUGUUCCUAUUAUGAAUAGCAGCCACGAAGAGUGUUCCCCUCCGCCGUUGCCCCCGGGGGGGAAGAACGCGUGGCAUGCUCUCACCCUGGGGGAAGCAGACAUCUACCAGGAGGAACAGCUAAGCAAGAUCGAAGGAGAAACCAUCACCCCGUACAAAUAUAUAACGAGGAACUACACACAGAAUAUGAAAAAGGAUAGGGGAAAGUAUUUUUUAACCAAUGUAAAAACGAGAUGUGUAGGGGGAAGGGAACAUUACCUUCCCGACGGAGAAACCACCCACGCAGAGCAACCCUACCUGUGGCACAAGUCGUAUGCAAAUGACACAUGCUCCCUCAACGCAAUAGAAAAAAAUAAAAAAAAAAAUAAAAAGGACAAAACACACUUUUUAAGCAUCAUUAACAGUAUUUAUGUUACGCUCCACAAGAAUGUCAUUUGCAGCUUAAACAGUAGGAUAGAGGAGUACCGUUUUUUUUCUCUAAAACGUUUUUUUCAUUUUCUACGUAUAAAUGAGCCUUGGCGUGGGGGGAAGGAAGAGCUGUUAAGCACAUGCAAGCAUGAUAUUAUGGCGUGUCUACUUGGACAUGAGAGCGAAAUGUUUCCCAGUCGACAUAGCUAUGUGAGUAGAGCGCAAAGGGGGAAGCAAAAAUGGAAAGACGCCCCUCACGUGAAGAAGAAAGGCUUAAACAGGUUCAGAAGGGGAAACAUCUACAUCAGUAAGAACUUCGUAUGUGUUAAUGAUGGUAUUGCCUUUUGGCUGGACAAGAAAAAGGAGAAAAUUUUCCGCCUUCGCUUUGUGCCCUUCCGAAAUAUGUUUUCGUCCCCCUUUUACCAGAGAUACUUUCACCUCUUCCUGUUUUUCGCGAGGGUCGGCACGCUGGUGCGGUACGUGCAGGCGUUCGUGAGUGUCUUUUCUGGGUUGCUUUUCCGAGAGGGGCUCGACGGUGACAACGGUGGUGACAGUAUCAGUGGUGAUAGUUCAGGUGUUGCUCCCUGCCGGCAUGGAACAACUUCGAGAGACCCACACCGAAGAAGGAAGGAAGAGCGAAGCCGACCAUGUUAUAACGAGGAAGACAUAAUCCCCAUGGGAGAAAUAUUCACCACGUUUAUUAACUCAGUGGCCAAGUACCUACACCGAUAUUCAGAACAAACAAGGAGGGUCAUUCUGCAGGGAAAUGCUAACACCCCCAUGGAUAUAUACAACAAAGUUAAGAGGCACACGGAGUGCAUCGAACUUCUGGCAUUCCUCUGUUCUAGUUAUACUAACGAAAAGGAGGAAGUCUUUCGAAAAAAAUAUUUCGUCUUUUAUAACAUCCCCCCGAUUGAUGCGCUACCACCCGAUGGGACAAGCAAUACGAAUCUGAAGCAAGUGACGGAGUACAAUUCCCUCCUUAACGUUAUUUAUGGGUUGUCCCACAAACCUCGGGGGGAGGGAACAGACAAUCGGGGUGAUUGUAAAAUGCAUGGUAACUGUGAGAAUCGAAUGGUUUAUGGUAACCGUGUUGAUUUGUUCAUUUUCCCCAGGGGCAGCGAACUGCUGAGUUACGUCUACAGGUACUACUACCUCUUCCUCAGUAAUAGGAGGAAACACCUAGCGAAAAUGUGCAAGUAUCUUUUCCUGCGCAUAGUAAAACCGUUGUUGCACUUCCUCUACGCAUAUGUUUUCCUGGGGGUCAACAGGGACUUCCACUACGAGUAUAUAAUUAGCAAGCAUGCGGUAAGGCAGUUCUUUUUCGUCCUGCAUAAGGGAGUCAGAUACUACGACCGGGGGAGCCUCCUCUCCGAUUCGUGUCUUUCACUUCCCAUUUUUUUAAAGUACGCCAUAGGGGUUGUUUACAGAGCAGGUGAGUUGUCCAGAAUUUUAAGGUCAAUCAGCGAAGAAGACUUCCAGCUAGCCAUUCCCAAAAUCUCAAGUAGUAAAAACCAGCUAGCCAAAAAAAAAAAAAAAAAAAAAAAAAAUUACCCAAAGUGA